AAGAACAUACUCUAGAGAUUAUCCUUUCUUUUUCUUAUUUCUCAACACCAAAAAAAAAAGAAAUAAAAAUGGGAUUGGGACUAAUAAUAAUAGCCAUAAUAUUAUUAUGGAUUGUAGUAUCAAGAACGAGAGAAAGAAGAUGGGUUUUACCACCGGGGCCGAUUAGGUUACCACUAGUCGGAAACCUUCUUCAGCUAAGUAAGGAGCCGCAUGCAUCAUUUGCCAAAUUGGCUAGUCAAUAUGGUCCAAUAAUGACCCUUUGGUUAGGACCUAUACGAACCGUGGUCAUAUCUUCUAGUGAAGUGGCUAAAGAAAUGUUUAAGAAUCAUGAUACCGUUCUGGCAGGAAGGCAGAUUUAUGAAUCCAUGAAAGGAAAAUAUGGUAAUGAAGGUUCUUUGAUUACGGCUCAGUAUGGAUCGCAAUGGCGGUUACUAAAGCGUCUUUGCACCACAGAAUUGUUUACGGGCAGUCGUCUUGACGCCACGCAAACCAUACGUGCAAACUCCGUUGAUCGAAUGAUACAAUAUUUAAGAAAUGCAAGUGAGAAUGGAACCAAAGCCGUUGAUCUUCAUAGAUGUUUUUUCUUGAUGGCUUUUAAUCAUAUUGGUAAUCUAAUAUUCUCACAAAAUUUGGACGAUCCAAAUUUAGAGAGAGGGUCUAUAUACUUUUAUCAUACAUCUAAGAUCAUGGAGGUGAGUUGUAAGCCAAAUGUCGCAGAUUUUUUACCAAUUUUGAAAUGGAUUGAUCCUCAAGGUAUAAAGAGAAGGACUCAUUUUCAUACCGAACAUGCCUUCGAAGCUGGUCAAGGUUUUAUCGAAGAAAGGAUUAAAAUUAGGUCAUGUGAAGCACAUGAUGGUGAUAAAGAUAAAAGAAAGGACUUUUUAGAUGUGCUUUUGGAUUUUCAUGGGGAUAAUAUCAAGGCACCCUCUAAAUUAACCUCAACAUUCAUGAAUAUUAUCAUCACCGAAAUAUUUUGUGCAGGAAGUGAUACAACAUCGAGUACUUUAGAGUGGGCAAUGGCUGAACUCCUUCACAAUCCUAUUAUACUUAAAAAGUUACAGUUCGAGCUAAGAACCAUUAUCCAUCCUGAAAACAAGUUUGAAGAAAAAAAUAUCGAAAAUCUUCCAUAUCUAAUGGCAAUCAUCAAAGAAACUUUAAGGCUUCAUCCACCAACACCUCUCCUAGUCCCACACAUGGCCAUGGAAUCGUGCAACAUGCUUGGUUUCGAUAUUCCAAAAAAUACUCAGAUUCUGGUUAAUGUUUGGGCAAUAGGAAGAGAUCCAAAAACUUGGGAGGAUCCUUUACUGUUUAGACCGGAGAGAUUUCUUGAGCCAAAUAUGGCGGAUUAUAAGGGUAGUUAUUUUCAGUAUUUACCCUUUGGUUCUGGUCGUAGAAUGUGUCCUGCUGUUCCUCUUGCUUCUCGUUUGCUCCCUUUUGCUCUCGGAUCGGUUGUGCACUCUUUCGAUUGGGUUUUGGAUGGGAUUAAACCAGAAAAUGUAGACAUGAGUGAAAUGGUAGAAUUAACACUUAGAAAAUUUAUUCCUUUAAAAGCUAUUCCAGUUCCUCUCAAGAACAAUUGCGCUAAUGAGUAGAAUACAAUGUUAUCAUAGUUGUAGAUAUAUUAAUUCGUUUUACUUUAAAUGUAUCACAUCUCACUAGAUACCUUUUUAACAAAAAUAAAUUAAUCAAAUGUAUAGAAAAGAAAAAGUAAAUUAUCAUGGGGAUAAAUCAAGGCACCCUCUUCUUUAUUCUCAAUGUAAGCAUAUUUUUGAAUUCUUGUUAUUCUCACAUUCAGACUAUUGAUAUAGUAUAAAUUCUUUUUA